UCCUGCAGCCGGUAGCACGUUUGUACUGAAUGAGCUCCAGUGUUUGGCUCGGCGUUUCCCUGGACCAUCAUGGGGGUAGCAGUGAGUAGCUAAUUGACACAUCAAUACAAAGUUGCAGCGCACUCUGCCCGUGUCUCAAGUUGCCUCGGGAUCCUACGUCUUGGCAAAUGUAAGGACGCGAGAAGGUCCCUAUUUUUUCGUCUUUGAGCGACUCCACAGCCAGUCAAGUCUACAUCGAAAAGCCGGGCACAAAAGUAAAGAUGAACAGCCUGUCUUUUGACGAUCCUUCGUUGGAUAAUCUGGAUCCAACACUGUCGCUAAAUGACCCCAGCGAUAUUGACACGGCCCUCUUAAGCGACAUUGACGACAUGCUACAGCUCAUCAGCCACCAGGACAUAGAGUUUGGAGGACUUUUUGAUAACCCUCCAUACACGAGGCCUCCCCCUACCGAAGAGCCUCCUUCAUUGUCCCAGUCCAUCACCACACCUCUGGCUCCAGCCCCCAUGGCCACACCUCCUCCACAAUCAUUGUCCUCGUCCAUCCAGAGCAGUAGCCCGCACCUUGAUGCACUCCUGGGCCCUCCCAUCAUUCGUAGUUCCUCCACCCCGGACAAGGCCUUCCAGCCUCCAACCUUCCAGCAGUCCCCCCUGGCCCAGGUUCCCAACGCCACACUGCGGACACAGCCAGCCUCAGCACAGCAGGCUCAGAGCCUCAGGCAGCCCCAGGUGGAGCAGCCUCAGCCCACUCUCAGCCUGCCUGUACCACCACAGGCAGCUUCCCCUCAUGACUCACCAGCACCACACCCAACUUUCAUCUCUACGCCCCAGACUCCGCCCCCGCCCCAAACCCAGGCGCAGACACAACAGCAGGUCCGGACCACCUACAUCACCCAGAACAGCUACACAACUGUCAGUCCCAGCAGCGUGAGCAAACCCGCCACCAUCUUGACAUCGUCCCCUCCAAGAGUUCAGCCAGUGACCAUCCAGGCUCAGGUCCAAGGGCUGACCACCACGUCUCCUCCCCUGGUCAUGUCAGCAAGUCCCCCGGUUCAAAGCAUUGCGACCCAUGUGCAGCAAGUACCUGUGUUGCUGCAACCCCAGUUUAUCAAGGCUGAGUCUUUGUUGCUGACCACCCUGAAGCAUGACCCCUGCAUUGUCACUACCAUGGCCUCUGGCACAUCCCUGGCCACCACCACCCCAGUGCAGAGCGCUUCGCUGCAGGCCUUUAUGGGAAAUGGCACUAUCCUAACCACGAUGCCUGUCAUGGUGGACGCCGACAAGCUGCCCAUCAACCGCAUCGCCAUCAGCGCCAAGCCCCUCGGCCAGCCGUACAAGGGAGAGAAGCGCACCGCCCACAACGCCAUCGAGAAGCGCUACCGCUCGUCUAUUAACGACAAAAUCCUCGAACUCAAAGACCUGGUGGCGGGUACUGAGGCCAAGCUCAACAAGUCUGCAGUGCUGAAGAAAGCCAUCGACUACAUCCGUUACCUGCAGCAGACCAACCAGAAACUCAAACAGGAGAACAUGGCUUUUAAAAUGGCAGCCCAGAAAGACAAGUCUCUCAAGGAUCUGGUUGCCAAGGAUCCGGUUGCCAUGGAGGUGGACGGACCAGCCGACGUCAAGAAUGAGCUGCCGACGCCGCCGGCUUCCGACGUGGGCUCCCCCACCUCCUUCUCCCACUGUGGCAGUGACUCCGAGCCUGACAGCCCGAUGGGGGAGGACACGAAGCAGCCGAGUGCAGCCACGUUGGACGGAUCAGCAGCAGGCGGCAGUGCCGGCGGCAUGUUAGACCGCUCCCGCAUGGCUUUGUGCACCUUCACCUUCCUCUUUCUCUCCCUCAACCCUCUGGCUGCCCUCCUCUGCUCAUCCGGCGGCAGCUCAGCCGGAAGCGUUGCGGCCUCCGCCACCCAUCACGCAGGGCGCAGCGUCCUGGGAGUGGAUUUAGCAGCCGACUCGUGGGGCUGGAUGGACUGGAUGCUGCCCACAAUACUGGUGUGGCUACUGAAUGGCAUUCUGGUGUCGGGGGUUCUGAUCCGACUGUUGGUGUAUGGGGAGCCCGUAACCAGGCCACACUCUGGAUCUUCUGUCUUGUUUUGGAGGCACCGCAAGCAGGCUGAUCUGGACCUAGCAAGAGGGGAUUUUGCCCAGGCCAGUCAGAACCUGUGGACAUGUCUGAAGGCCCUUGGCCGUCCCCUUCCCAUCUCACAGCUGGACCUGGGUUGUGCUGCACUUUGGUCCCUGCUGAGAUUCUGCCUCCAGCGCCUCUGGGUGGGCCGCUGGCUGGCAGCCAGGGCCGGAGGGCUGCGAUCUGACCGCCCACUGAAGGAGGACGCCUCCAAGAGCAGCCGGGAUGCCGCCCUUGUUUACCACCGCCUGCACCAGCUGCACAUGACAGGUAAGCUGAAUGGUAGCCACCUGUCAGCAGUGCACAUGGCCCUCAGUGCUGUGAACCUGGCAGAGUGUGCUGGUUCCUGUCUGCCUGUAGCCAGUCUGGCUGAGGUCUACGUCUCUGCAGCCCUGCGGGUCAAAGCCAGCAUGCCAAGAAUCCUUCAUUUUACCUCUCGUGUGUUCCUGAGCAGCGCCCGCCUGGCGUGCCUGUCUUCCAGUGGCAGUGUGCCUCCAGCUAUGCAGUGGCUGUGUCACCCGCUAGGCCACCGCUUCUUUGUGGACGGGGACUGGGCGAUUCGCAGCACUCCUAAAGAAAGCAUCUACAGCCAGGCUGGCAAUACUGUGGAUCCUCUGGCCCAGGUGACUCAGGCUUUCAGGGAGCAUCUCCUGGAGAAGGCUCUGUACUGUGUGGCUCAGCCUCACGAGGAGAAAAGCCCCAGCCAGGGGGAAGGGGAGUACGCCGAUGCCCUGGAGUACCUUCAGCUGUUGAUUAGUGCAUCGGAUGCAGCUGGUGGCACCUCCCAGUCCUUUGCUAUUGGUUCCAACAUGGCCACUGUGACUGGCUGUGACCCUCACUCCAAGUGGUGGUCCUCAGUUACCGUGGUAAUCAUCAACUGGCUCCAAGGAGACGAUGCUGCGGCCGAGAGACUUUAUCCGACCGUUGAGCACCUGCCCCGCAGCCUGCAGACUGCAGAGAGUCUUCUUCCCAAGACUUGUCUGAACACGUUCAGGGCCGUGCGGGCUCUGCUGUCCAAGCCGGAAAACUGCCAGCUGAGUCUGAGCUACAGUGACAAGGCCAGCGCCCUGCUUCGAGACAGCCUAAACCUAGGACCACACUGCCACAGCUCCAGUUUAGACAAGGUUGUCCAGUUGCUGUUGUGUGAUCUCCUGUUGGUGAUGAGGACCAAUGUGUGGCGCCUGCAGCAGCAGGUGGCCGGUCCGUCUGGGUCUGUGGGUACCGCCGGCCCGGUGGGGGUCCACCAGGCAUCCCCACCAGAGCUCCAAGGCUUUCAGCAAGACCUCAGUUCGUUACGCAAGCUGGCUCAUAGCUUCAGGCCUGCAAUGCGAAGAUUGUUCCUUCAUGAAGCUACAGCCAGGCUGAUGGCGGGAGCGAGUCCCACCCGCACCCACCAGCUGCUGGAUCGCUCGCUGCGACGCAGGGCAACGCCUGGAGCCAAGACAGAGGAGUGCGAGACGCGGCCAGGCAAGCGGGAGCAGGCAGAGGCUGUGAUGUUGGCGUGCCGCUACCUUCCCCCCUCCUUCCUGUCGGCUCCGGGCCAAAGGGUGGGCAUGCUGGCGGAUGCGGCCCGCACCCUGGAGAAGCUGGGAGACAAGAGGACCCUCCAUGACUGCCAGCAGAUGAUCAUCAAGCUGGGCAGCGGCACCACCGUCACCAACAGCUAGAGGGGAGGUCCUGAGAGGCCUGCAUGGACGCUGUGUAUAUACAAGCCUCUCUGAAAUACAAAAACACACUGACUGAAGAGAAGAGACUAGCAUACACUCUGUGGCUUCCUGGCCCGCGGCUAUUGAACACAUUCAUCCAGCUAUCCAGAUUCAUAUCACACUGAAAUCAUUCUCUUUUUGGACCGUCUGUCAGGAGGAAGCACUUGUUCAGUUCACAUCUUUCUUGCUUUGGAUUAUUAGAAAAAUAAAGGAAGCUUACUUGCCGCGCUGAAUCCCCUCGUGAGACUAUGUUGCAGUGCCACAGUCUGACCACAGAGAGGAGCCAUCACGUCCUCCUAGUGGACCGUGUGUGUGUGUGUGUGUGUGUGUGUGUGUGUGUGUGUGUGUGUGUGUGUGUGUGUGUGUGUGUGUGUGUGUGUGUGUGUGUGUGUGUGUGUGUGUGUGUGUGUGUGUGUGUGUGUGUGUGUGUGUGUGUGUGUGUGUGUGUGUGUGUGUGUGUGUGUGUGUGUGUGUGUGUGUGUGUGUGUGUGUGUGUGUGUGUGUAGCAUGACAGAGAUACUUGCCCUGCACUUAUUCAGUAUAUUCCCACACACAAUAUUUUUGACAGAGAUACACCUUUCACGGCAGCAGUAUGGUUGGCUGUCCUGAUUGGCUUAAAAGUGAGGGCCCGAGCCGUUUGGAGCAUCUGUGGGCCCGCUCAGUGGGAAGCCCCGCGCAGGCUCUUCAAAUAGUGUUAAAGUUGAAUCAUGUUUUUACCGGUGGUGAUCUGAGAGGUCACCCGCUGUACAAGCGCCGUGUCCCUUAUCUGCACUAGGCCCGCGGGCUUGAUUUCAAUGAGAUGUGUAAUAAUAUGGCUUUACGAAGUUAUUUUCAUAGAGGUCAACUUGUUUUGCAGUGUACAUAUUUUAAAAUGUAUUUAUAAUCUGUGACAUUUUUGAUUGAGCACUAUUUUUCAUAAGAGUAAUGGAUGCUUUUUUUUCCUCCCCGUAAACCGGUUUUCUUUGGUGGCAUUUGCACAGGCCCAAAUCGUACAGUACUGCGUCACAAUGAUGGAUGAUGAAGUGCGUCACAUUGUCUGACUCGAUUGCCCUUUUUACACUGUUUUACAUGUAUGCAACUGAUUUAUGAAAAGUAAUUGGCAGCCUUCCAAUUCUGGCUUUACCAACUAGAACCAUGACGUGACCGUUUGGCACUUUUGCAACAAGUUACAUGAUGCAAACUUAAUUCGUUAUUUUCCCAAAGAGGGCCUGUAGCAGAUCUUCUGGUAUUUCUUUAGCUCUAUGACAAAAUCUCAGUAUUUGCUCUUUCAGUCAUUAUAAUUUAAUGCUUCUGCAGAACCAUGUUCAUAGAUUUUCAGAGUGUGGGGAAGAAAAAAAACUUGGCAUGGGUUUUUGUCCUGGAAAUGGUUUGUUUUAGAGUGUCACUAAUGUGAAAGACUGAAAGAUGUUGGCUUGAGAUGAAUGAGGUGCAACCAUCUCUAAAAGUUAUUAAUUUGUCCUGUAACUAACAUCUUGUUAUCAGUUCUUCUUUGGUUUCUUCAUUUUUAUGAAUGUAAAUAUUAAAGCAUUUUGUAAAGAAGAC